UGAGCCACGCUGGGACAAGUCGCGGCAACCUUCCCGGGAGCCGCGGACCUCGGGCGCCAUCAGCCCAGGUCCCCAUGGAGCUGCGGGUCGCCAACGCCAACGGCAGCUGCGAGAACGGUUCCAUAGUCAGCCUCUACUGCUCCUCUCAAGAGGUCCUCUGUCAGAUUGUGAGAGGCAUCAGCCCUGAAGAACCCAACAAUGCCACCUUGAUCACCUGGCAAGAGAAGGUCAGGAAGAAGUAUGGCUUCUACAUCGGUGUGGGCCUCGCCUUCCUCUCCUGCUUCCUCAUUGGCACCAGUGUCAUCCUUAAGAAGAAAGGCCUCAUUCGGCUUGUAGCCACAGGGGCCACAAGAGCAGUGAAUGGAGGCUACGGCUACCUGAAGGACCCAAUGUGGUGGGCUGGAUUUGCUACCAUGUCUGCUGGAGAAGUUGCCAACUUCGGGGCCUAUGCAUUUGCACCUGCGACAGUUGUCACACCGCUGGGAGCACUGAGCGUCCUUAUAAGUGCCAUCUUUUCCUCCUACUGCCUGGGAGAGAGCCUGAAUCUCCUGGGGAAGCUGGGCUGUGUGAUCUGUAUGGCUGGCAGCACAGUGAUGGUCAUACAUGCCCCCAAAGAGGAGAAGGUCACUACUGUUGCAGAGAUGGCUUCCAAGAUGAAAGACACAGGGUUCAUCGUAUUUGCUGUCCUUCUGGUGGUGUCUUGCCUCAUCCUCAUCUUCAUUGUUGCUCCACGCUACGGGCAAAGGAAUAUCCUCAUUUACAUCAUCAUCUGCUCUGUGAUCGGAUCCUUCUCUGUUACUGCCGUCAAGGGGCUCGGUGUCACCAUUCGGAACUUCUUCCAGGGCUUACCAGUUGUGCGGCACCCCCUCCCCUACAUCUUGUCCCUCAUCCUGGGACUUUCCAUCAUCAUCCAGGUCAACUUCCUCAACAGGGCACUGGAUAUUUUCAACACCUCGUUGGUUUUCCCUAUCUACUAUGUUUUCUUCACCACGGUGGUGGUGGUUUCCUCCAUCGUCCUCUUUAAGGAGUGGUACACCAUGUCUGCUGUGGACAUCGUGGGCACCCUGUCUGGCUUCGUCACCAUCAUCCUGGGUGUUUUCAUGCUUCAUGCUUUCAAGGAUUUGGACAUCAGUCAAAUCAGCUUACCCCACACACACAAAAACACGACUCCAACUCCUGCCCCAGAGCCCACGGUCAUUAAACUAGAGGACAAGAACGUCCUUGUGGAUAACAUAGAACUUGCCAGCACACCAUCACCACAACAGAAGCCCAAAGUAUUUAUGAUCCAUUCUUAAAGCCUGGAGUACAUGAGUAACAGGAGGCAUCCAGUUGUCUAGCCUGACCUCUCAAGUUCACAACUACCUGGUUACUUUCAGCACAUCUGUUGACGAGGGCUAUUUUUUUUUUUUUGAGAUAUUCAUUUAUACCUCACUUCUGUUCCUAGAAGAAAAAAAAAUCCCUACCCAGUAAGGUAGGUGGCAGGACUUCCUGGAAAUACAACCUUGGUGACUAAAUCCUCAAGUUUCUGUUGGAGCCAGCAAGUCCCCAGAGCCUCUUCUCCCUGGUUCCCUCAACACCACCAUGUUGUUGGUAGAAUUUGACCUGCUGAAUGUAGCCCAGCUGAAGAACUUCCCUCAGAUAUCGGUCAUCAGGAAAUUCUUCAUACCAAUUAGCCUGUCAAGCUAGACUUCUCAGUCCUUGGCCCAGGAAUGGAGCUUGUGGGGGAUUGCAGAGAAAUCUGUGUGCCUCAUCAUGCCAAGGUGUAUAGCACAUGCCAAGUAGCCUGGUGUUUCUUGUAGACGGAAGCAAGACCCCAGCUGACCUGCUUACUGUGAAUACUACCUGACAUCUCAGGGAAGUUUCAACUGGCCGGUUCUCCACACACUCCAGCCUGGAGGUCACAUCUUAUUGUCUGUGCCCCCAGUGGCAGGCACCACUACCCUUCCCUUUCUCUGUCCAUCCCAAGACACCAGUCACUGAUACAUGUAGGCUGUAACCUUAGCACCAACAGCAGGCGAUGCCUCCUAGUUCAGCUCUGCUGCUCAAGUCCGUGUUCACCUAGCAGCCUCUGAGAAGAGAACAGUAGUGUGCUGUCAUGCUGGAAUUUAGCAGAAUGAAAAUUUUUUUUUGCAUCAAGAAGUUGGCCAUAAUAUGAUUUAGGGAGGCAGAGGAAAGUAUUAGAAGCAAUGUCAUGGUUGUCAGAAUGGAUUCAUGGGCUCUCUGGAAUCCUAGACAUAAUGUUUGGCCUGACUCAGACCCAAGCAAGGACCAGACCAAAAAAAGGUGUGGGGAAAUUUCUGAGCUGUAGCUAGUGGAAUUGGAUUAGAAUCCCAGUGACCCAGUGGGACUGCAGGCCUGACACAGCCUUGUUGGCCCAACUGGAACUGAGUUUGUCUCCAUUGACAACCUAGCUGCCCACAAUGGACGCAGCAUGCCGUGACUCCUCCACCUGCUCUUGGGAUCACCUUUGGUGACAUCACCAUUUGGCCAGAAACAGGCAGAGAAUAGCAGCUGGAGAGAGAGAACGGGGUCCUUUUCUUCCUAGCUCCUUACAGCUAUGAAAGUGUAGGCUUGACACAAGGACCAUAAGAGAGUGAAGUUAGGAGCCAGUUUGUGGUAAAGGGGAAACUUGAUCUUCAGUUCAGGUAGCACUGUCAAGCUCCCUGCCUACAUCCUGUGUUCACAUCUGAUUCCCUAAAUACAACCACACCCAGGUCAAACUGUAUCUGGCCUUGGACAAGCUCUUAGGGCAGAUCAACACUCUGGGCCCCCUCUACCUUCCACCUCCAAUCCCCAGUAUUUUAAUGAAUGUGGAUUUCCGACUGUGACUGAAAUCAAUGCAACACAUUGGAUCUUGGGGAGUGGUAGUAAACUGAGGGUUCCGAGAUCAUAGGCUCUGGGGUCAGUAAUAAAGACUUCAGAGUGUGUUUACUUGA